AUGUCUGCACCCAUCAACAUCCCCCGUCACACGGUAGGCACCGUCUUCACCGACGUCUCGCCUUACGAAGAGGUCGUCCGACCAGACCCAACGCUUCCCCGCGGGUAUGUCCACCCCUCUGUGCUCGCUCACCUAAUGCGCGAAGACGAGGUGAGCACCGAUCGCGUCUACCGUCGUGCAUCGUGCGUCCUCGGUAGCCUGCACUGCGUCCAGCGGGGCAGUUUCGAGGACGAAAACGGACGCUGCACGAUCUUCACGUGCCGCGACAGCUCACUCGCCCUCCAGAACCCGGACGAGCUCGGCACGGGCAUAGCCCAAGGCGACGCGGUCAUGUACUUUAGGCAGGGCGACCGGCUCCCUUCCGAACGCUUCCUCACCUCGACGGUCUACUCCCGCGAUGCCUCCCCGCGAUCUCUGCGAGGGGCUGGCUACACCGACCACCUGGAGCCUCGCCCACCUCGGCCGACUCCGUAUUCCCAGCCAAACCUCCCGCCUAUGCCAGUCACGCCGCGCAACCACGGACGACGGAACCAUGCGCGUCGCGCGGCGCAGUCGAUGGUUGCGCCACGCACCACGACUACCAUGCAUGCUCCGCACGCGAUCGGCGUCGGAGCACCCCCGUACCACGCCAAUGCCUUCGACCGGUAUGCAUACCAGCCGUCGACAUUUCCAACGCCCUACAGCUCCGCCAUCCCGGAACGAACAACCGACCCGCGUAUCGCUCUCGCCGAGCGCCGUGCACGCCAAGAACAACUGACCACCCGGCCUCAACCGCCGUGGUCUUCGUACGUGCCUCCACUCCCCUCCCUGACGCGUAUGUACCCCUAUCACGACGAUGCUGCCGUAUUCCGUGCUGCCGCUGCUGGCCACACUGCGGGCAGUGUUGCGGCCAUCGCCUCUUCGUCGGCACCAUCGCAUGCGUCACCGGGCCCAGCUCCGACCGUACCGGCACCAUCGCCGGCGCCCUCCGCCCCUGUACGUCCAACAUCGCCUCGUCUACAGUACCCGCCGAGCCGCGCAGCCAGCCCGUCCACGCCCGCAACCUCGCCCCCAUCGCUACAGUCAGUAUCACCGCUGACUCUACCCUCGGCGCUGCUGCCCAGCAAGGCGAUUAAAGACGCUACAAUGGACGAAGACGGUUUCGAAUUCCUGGACCCGGCUGAGACGAAAGCUAAGGUGAAGGAGCUUGCGAGGGAGGAAGGCGAGCACUCGCCGACCCCUGAAGAACGUGCACGCUGGGCACGCGCUGAUGAACUCGACUCGGAUACGAUCGUCAUCGACGCCGAGGACCUCCCGAACGCGACGCUUCGGAAGAGUGAGUUGGUGCCCUCGCCAUCGCCAACCGACAAGAAGCCGGCCCAGACCUUCCGCGAGCUCCUAGCCAAGGUAUCCGAGGAGUACGAGGACCAUAAUGAGGCAGAUUCGUCUUACGAAACGGACGAGGCAACUGCCUCAAAGGUACGCUGCUUCCCCAAUAUGGGGAUACUUCUCCAGAAGCUGACGGAGGCUAUUGCAUCCGCCACGCACCCAAUGGACCGAUACACUAUCGACGUAAUUCGAAUCGCGCUCGUCAAGGCUUACCGCGCGCAGACAGCGAAACGGACGGGCAAGAAAGCGGCCAAGAAGCGCGGCCACUACGCUCGCAAACCGACCGAGGAGUCCUUUCGGACCAACCACCUCCUGCACGAGAAGGAACGCGAGGGCCUCGGUGAGCUCCGAGCCUUCUUCUCGGGCCGACGCACCACUGACCCUCAGCGCCAACUCGACGACACCGACACUGUCCUCGCGCUCAUCGACGCCGCACUCGCCUUUGACCCGACUCACGAAUAUGCGCUCGUCCUGCGCUCACUGUGCAUGCGCGGCGACUUCGGCGGCCCAGGCGAGUACCCGGGGCACUAG